GUGUUUUCUUUAACCUUCUGCUGCACGAUGGCGCAAUGCCGGGAUCUUGAAAACCACCAUCAUGAGAAGCUCUUAGAAACAGCCAUCAACACACUGGAGAAGAUAGUGAAGAGCGAGUUCGAUGAAGAGAUGCCAGAAGAUGUCCGCAUGCUCUUUGUGGACAAAGACACCAUCGUCAAUGCAGUCAAUGCCUCCCAUGACAUUCACCUGCUGAAGAUUGACAACCGAGAAGACGAAAUCAUCACCAAAGCUAACAAUCGGGUUUACAGCCUGAUUGAAAAGAUUCACAAGGAUGAAAUCAACCGAAACAGAAGCCGUGUGCUAGAACUCAAUCACUAUAUUGAACACAUCCGUAGUGAGCUGGAUAACUUGGACAUCCUAGAGCAGUAGCUGCUUUCUGUACUGAAGUUUACAAACUCCAUUCCUGGAUUUAGAUUCUGCAACUAGCAGUGAACCUGCCCGGUGAUCUCCUUCUGGUUGAAUCUAAUCCAUUGAACUCCAAAAACCUAACAUACUGCAGAGAAUCUUUAAUCCCCCAAAACGUUUAAUGAUCAAUAUGAAUAAAUAAGAAGUAUUUUCUUUUAAAAAGAACAAAAUGUAUCACUUAAUUUUUGUCUUCAAAGCAUACUUCCAAACAAAGUACUCAGUUGUGUUCACGAUUUUUUAAUUUUCUAAUAAAAGUUUAUGGAGCCAA